UCAUUUAUUUAUUCUUUAUUUAUAAAUUUAAAAUGAUAUUUCUUCCCACAUCGUUCUCAUUUAAUACACACUAUUUAAGGAUCACAUAUUUAUAAGGAUGUCUUUCAUUCAUAUUUGAAUUGGUCAUUGAAACUUCAAAACUAUUCUCCUUAUAAUUGGUUGCAAAUGAAACACUACUUCAACUUGUUCACAUGGCUUCCUCUCAUAUUUUUCAUACACUCUAUCAAUCUCAAUCCAACACACUCAUUGACAAUACCAAGGUUAUCCCCAUUCCAAGAAAAAACCUUACACGACAUUGCAACCUUAGUUUCCAAUGAUCCAAAAGAUGUUGAAACAUUUUACUACAAACAAGUUCUUGAUCACUUCAACUAUAAUCCAGAAAGCUACAAUACAUUUAAUCAAAGAUAUUUGAUCAAUUUCAAAUAUUGGGGUGGUGCCAAUUCUAGUGCUCCAAUAUUUGUCUACUUUGGUCCAGAACAACCAAUAGAUGGUUCUCCCAAGAGUAUAGGAUUUAUGGUUGAAAAGGCACCAACCUUUAAAGCUCUUUUAGUAUAUAUAGAGCAUCGGUAUUAUGGAAAAUCGGUACCAUUUGGGUCAAGGGAAGAAGCGUUCAAGAAUGCAAACACACUUGGAUAUUUUAACUCGGCUCAAGCACUUGCAGAUUAUGCAGAAGUGAUCAUAGACAUAAAGAAGACAUUGCAUGCCCAAAACUCCCCAGUAGUUCUGAUUGGAGGAUCAUAUGGUGGAAUGCUUGCUUCAUGGUUUAGGCUCAAAUAUCCUCACUUGGCCAUUGGUGCUUUGGCCUCAUCUGCUCCAAUCCUCUACUUUGAUGAUAUUACAUCACCAAAUGCUUAUUUCGAUGUUGUUUCAAGAGAUUUCAAAGAAGUCAGUGAGACAUGUUAUGAAACAAUAUUGAACUCUUGGUCUGAAAUUGACAAAGUAGCAUCGCAGCCAAAUGGUCUUUCAAUUCUUAGUCAAAGAUUCAACACUUGCCGCCCCUUAAACCAUUCUUUUGAGUUGUCAGAGGACUUGGAAAGCAUGUAUACAAGUGCAGCUCAAUAUAAUCAUCCUCCAGAUUAUCCAGUUACCGUGAUAUGUAGCGGAAUUGAUAAAGCUUCUUUUGGAAAUAAUAUCCUUGAUAAGAUAUAUUCAGGUGUUGUGGCUUACAAGGGAAAUGGCACAUGCAAAGUUAAUAACCCCAAAAAUAUAUCUGAGACAGAUGUGGGUUGGAGAUGGCAGACAUGCAGUGAAAUGGUGAUGCCUUUCGCCAUAGGAAAUGAUACUAUGUUUCAACCUUCUCCUUUUGACUUAAAGAGAUUUGUGGAAAGAUGCAAGAAAAAAUAUGGUGUCUCGCCUCGCCCUCAUUGGAUUACUACUUAUUAUGGAGGACAUGAUAUAAAACGGGUUCUUCAAAAGUUUGGUAGCAACAUUAUUUUUUCGAAUGGACUAAAAGAUCCUUAUAGUAGUGCCGGGGUUUUGCACGACCUAUCAAAGAGUCUUGUUGCGGUCCCUACGAUCAAUGGAUCCCAUUGUUUGGAUAUUCUACCUUCAAAAGAAAGUGAUCCAAAAUGGUUGAUUGAACAGCGAAAUAAAGAAGUCAAGAUUAUUCAAGAGUGGAUUGCCCAGUAUUAUAUUGAUCUUGGUGCACUCCAUGGCUCGCCAAAAUUCCAAAACAAUUGAUAUAUAUAUGAUGAAAACAAGUUAAUAUAUAUCAAAAGGGUAUUUUUUAGAAAAAAUAUAUAUCAAAGGGUAAGUUUGUUAAUUAACUAUUGGCAUGUAUAUCUCUCCAAAAAAACUAUUGACAUGUAUAUGUACGAUUAGUAUUUGGUAAUUUUUUGAA